CUCUGUAACUGAAUUAACGACUCUCUUCUUCAAAACUCUUUUCUUUGCGCAGAGAGAAGCUUUGAAAGAGCUUCAAUGGCGAAAACGCUGAGAACAAUCAAGAACCCUUUCUUCACUCCGCAUCCACCAUCUCACUUCCUCCACUUCUCUCUCCUCUUCUUCUCUCCCCCGAAGAGAACCAGUCCUCGAUACCUCAACCACCACCACCAAACUCGCUGCACGCCUCAGCAAAUCUUCCUCCUCCUCGUCUCACUUUCUCUCCUUUUCUCGGGAAUCUCGUUCCUCGCAUCGUCUCUAACCACCAGCUCCACUUGCAUCGUCUCCUCGCCAUCUUCCCCUCUCGGUUUCUUCGUCUCCGACGACCCUCGCCAUCUCCUAACUUCCCUCGCCGUCUCCGUCCCUUCCACGCUGCUUCCUUUACCGGCGAGAGGAGGACGUUCCGGGAACAUGACGGAGGAGGAGAGGGAGUUCUGGAAACAGCCCAACGGUGAAGGUUACAAGCCUUGUUUGGGUUUCAGUUUGUCUUACAGGAAGAAAGCUGCGAGAGUCUCUAAAGAGAAGAAACGUUUCAUCGUCGUGGUUGUCUCUGGUGGACUCAACCAGCAGCGUAAUCAGAUCGUUGACGCUGUUGUGAUCGCGACGAUUCUUGAAGCUGCUCUUGUUGUUCCUGUUUUGCAGGUGAAUCGUGUUUGGGGUGACGAAAGUGAGUUCUCUGACGUUUUCGACGUGGAGCAUUUCAAGAAAACGCUUAGAUCGGACGUGCGUGUUGUUUCUUCUUUACCGUCAACGCAUCUUAUGUCUAGACAGACUAUUGAGAAUCAGAUUCCGUGGGAUGUUUCUCCGGUUUGGAUCCGUGCUAAGUUCUUCAAACAGUUGAACGAGGAAGGGCUUUUGGUGUUGAAAGGCUUAGACUCAAGGCUAGCCAAGAACAUCCCUCUGGAUCUGCAGAAACUCCGAUGCAAGGUUGCUUUCCAUGCACUUAGAUUCAGAGCACCGAUUGAGAAUCUUGGGAACAAACUCGCGAGAAGGAUGUGGAUUGAAGGUCCAUACAUAGCUCUCCACUUAAGGCUAGAGAAAGAUGUUUGGGUAAGAACCGGUUGUCUCACCGGUUUAGGCACAGAGUUCGACAGAAUCAUAGCGGAAACAAGAAUGUCUCAGCCGAGGUACCUCACUGGUAGACUCAACUUGACAUAUACAGAGCGUAGGCUUGCUGGGUUAUGUCCUCUCAAUGCAUAUGAGAUUGCAAGGUUGUUGAAGGCAUUAGGAGCACCGAGCAAUGCAUCGAUCUAUGUGGCAGGAGGUGAGCCGUUUGGUGGGUCACGAGCGAUGGAGCCACUAGCUAAAGAGUUUGCUAACUUGGUGACAAAGGAGACAUUAGCUCGUAAAGGCGAGUUGUUGCCUUACGCCAAUAGGUCUUCAGCUUUGGCUGCUAUUGACUACAUUGUCUCACUUAGCAGCGAUGUUUUUCUUCCUUCACAUGGCGGAAACAUGGCCAAAGCUAUGCAGGGAAACAGAGCUUAUGUAGGGCACAGGAAGUUUAUAAUGCCUAACAAGAGAGCGAUGCUUCCUUUAAUGGAGAACCCUUCGGUUUCGGAAUCUGAGCUCAGUCGUGUGGCUCGGAAACUUCACGGCAAGUCUCAAGGUCAUCCUGAGUCAAGGAGAGGGAGGAGAGAUCGUGACGUAUUGGCUUAUCCUGUUCCGGAGUGUAUGUGUCGACAUGGUAAACACAGGUCUAUAGGUUUCUUCUAGUUCAGGUUCCUUGCUCCUCUAAGCAAUACUCAGAAACAAAAGUCAGGUCUGAAGGGUUCUUGUAGCUCAGAUUCCUUGCUCCUGAAGGCAAAACUUGCCAUAGGCAUGUCCAGCUGUAUCCUACUUGUGUACAUAUUGUCUACUGUAAAUGUACAGAACUGUUUUUGGUCGUCGUAGAAGAUUAUAUUCAUCCAUUGUUCAUCAGUGAGUCACGUGUAUAUUUCACGGCGUACAUAUUUGUAUUUCCCGCUUCAGAAAACAUAUACAUUUUGCAUAAUGAGUUUUAGUCUCUCACAUAAA